UUAUUUUAUUUGUUAUUUCUAGCGAGAGCUCAAUGACCUGCAGCGCGGUGAGUAGCAGUGUUGCUGCUUCUUCUUUGCUUCUCUCGAGAAGAGGCUGCAAAAAGAGCGGUGGAUUAGGGUUGCGUUUUGGGAUCAGAGCAGAGACGAUGGCGACGGAGAAGCUCGGGAUCAAGGUGGAAAGCAACCCGCCGGAGACGAAGCUUGCUAAGCUCGGCGUCAAGUCGUGGCCAAAAUGGGGUUGUCCACCAAGCAAAUUUCCAUGGACAUACACAGCAAAGGAGACGUGUUAUUUACUGGAGGGGAAGGUGAAGGUAUAUCCAGAAGGUCAUGGUGAUGAAUUUGUGGAGAUUCAAGCUGGUGAUUUGGUGGAGUUUCCAAGAGGCAUGAGCUGCACUUGGGAUGUCUCUGUUGCUGUUGAUAAGCAUUAUAACUUUGAGUAAACAGAGUAUUACUUCUCAUAAAUCUAUGUUUAACAAUCUAUGCCUUGUGUUGUAUUAGACAAUCUGUGUGUUCUCUUCUCAGAUAUCUCUAUUGAAGAUCACCAUGCUAUCUUUUUUUUAAAUUAAUGUUGCCAAUAUAAAUCAGGCAUUAUCUAUUAUUGA